AUGCAGCUGACGCUGGAAGCGCUCUGUCUGAGGACAGACUUUGUCGAGUCGCCCGAGGAGUCUUCGCCGGAGGUCUCCGACUCCGAUGGGGGACACCCUUCGAGUGGCCCCGACGAUGGGCGCGGAGCUGGCGACUCGGAGGCGUCUCCGUCCCUCACUGUGACGUCGGGUGCCUCCGGAGAGCUCGACACCACUGGGGUGCUUGCUGCUGGUCCGAGCUCGCCUGCUUCCUCCCCGGCAUCGGUCGGGUCACGCCGGUCCUUGGGCAUUGCCGCGGCGUCGCCGCCGUCACGGGCGGCUACCACUGACUCGGCUACCGCUGACUCGGAGGCUAGCGAGGAGGACUACCUCGAGCGGUACCGUGUUCAUGUGUCCAGCCUCCCUCCGUCCGCUGCCCCAGGCGGACCCCCGGGCAACGCCGGCUCCUUGUCGGCGGCUGCCCUUUCUCCGUCCGCGGCCGCCCGCUUUGUGGCGGCAGCGGACGUCUCGACUGACAGUGGUCAGUCGGCUGCCUCCGGGUAUCGCGUGUAA